AUGGCAAAAAAUAAUAAAUCUAUUCAAAAAACCAAAAAAACAAGAGCCUCCAGACCAGACUCAGUUGUUGCCAAGUCAUCACCAACCAAAACUACUACUAAAGAUACAAAAAUAACAACAAGGGGUUCAACCGCUACCAAAGAGAAGGAAUCAAAAAAAAGAUCUAGAGAAGAAAGUAAAAAUAGUAGUGACAGUGAUGAAAAUGAUGAUAAAGAAGAGGAAGAAACUAGUUUAAAGAUAAAAUCCAACAGUAAAUCAAUAAAAGCAGCACCAAAAAAAACAAAGGUACCAACAAAGAAAAUCAAAAAAGACCCAGAGGAAGAGGAAGAGGAAAAACCAAAAAGAAAAAUCACAAAAGAAGAACCAAAGAGUGACAGCAGUGAAAGUGACAGCAGCGAAAGUGAGGGUGAUAGUGAGUAUGAAAGUGCCAAAGAGGAAGAGGAAGAGGAAGAAGAAGAACCUGUAUUAAGAAAACCAAAAAAAUCACCAAAAUCAUCAAAGUCAUCAAAAUCAUCAAAAUCAUCAAAAAAUAAAAAAGAAGAAGAGGAAGAAGUUGAAGAAGAACAAGAAGAACAAGAAGAGGAAGAGGAGUUAUCAGAUGACCAAGAAAAAAAGAAAAAAGAAAAGAAAAGUAAAUCAAAAAAAACUAGAAAAAGUAAUAAGAAAAAAAAUGAAGAAGAGGAAGAAGAGGAAGAAGAAAAAGAAGAAAGUGAAGAGGAUAAUGAUGAUGAAGAAGAUGCAGUAUCAGAAAAAAAAAAAAAGAAAAGAUCACCAAAGAGUUCAGAUAGAAGGACAAUCACCGAAUGCAGACACCACCAAUGUAACUCGAGAAAAGUCAAAAGAUAUCAAUCAUCAGACUAUUGCAAGGUAAAAAGACACGAAGAAACCAUCCAUUAUGAUUGUGAUAUAGACAUCUGUAAAAUCACUCAUGGUCAUCAAACUAAACCAUUAUUCAAAUGCAAUGAAUGUCUUAUUUACUUUUCAUUUGAACACAAUUUAAUUAGACACGUCACCAAGAUUCAUGACGAUCCAUCCUAUCUCACAGAAAAUGCAAAGAAGAAGAGAGAAGAGUUUGAUGAUUACGAACUUAAAUGUGUCCAAUGCAAUCAUGUGUUUGCCACCAAAGGUAAUUUAACCAAACACAUCAAAAAUCAACACGACCCUUUCCUUAAAGAAAAGAAACUAAAAGAAAAGGAAGAAAAAGAAAAAGAGAAAGAAAUAACAGGUAGAUUAGAGUGUGAAGAGUGUCACAAGACAUUCUCAAGUGCCAGUUACUUGAAAAGGCACAUGAAUCACCAACAUAAAGAUGAAGAUGAAUUGGAAAAACAAGUAGUAGUAAUGUCUGGAAAAGAAAAAGCAGGAAAAAAAAAGAAAACAAUUUAA